GGUACACUGACAAAUAAGCGCAUUGGUCCUCCUUAACAUAAACCCACAUAUCCAUCCCAACCCUUUCAAGAAAGGUGGUCACGAAGGUGGCAUAGGGAAAGGUAGUAUACUAGUUUUCCCCUCUAGGAGCAGCCUCAACCAUGUUCAGGCACAUGAGAGAUGCGAGGUUAACAGGAACACCUCUUUGAGCUUGCACAAGGAUAAACAAGUCAAGUUUACGAAUAAUCGAAUGACCACGGUACCUUGGCAGGAAGCAGUUGACGAUCAACCAGUGGAGGAAUCAAAGAGGAUCUGGGAGGAAAGAAGGCUGGAUGUGCCCCUUCGUGAGUUUCGCCAGUUCAACUUCAAACUCAAAAUCGUACAGCCGCCCAAGAUCGCUUCUGCUCUCAAUGGGGUGUCCUCCGGCGGGAAGAUCAAGGAUAUCAGCAAAAUGAUGAGGCUGGAAGCAGACUCUAUGUCCCAGGAAGAUCGACACGAGAUGAGAAUCACAGGCACUAGAAAGCUGUAGAUUGUGGUAGAACUUCCUCACCACAUGGGGGCAGUAAAUGGUUCUUUCUCGACUCCGGAGAUCAAAGAACUUUUCCCAGCCAAUAUUUUUUAUUAACGUCUUCACUGCGGCAGGGAAAUGACUUAGGUGGAUGAACUCGUACUCUGCCACAAUUGUUGUUUUGCUUGUAAAUGAAAGAUAGUCACCGAGACUGGCGGUGGAUCGACAGUCAUCAUUUGAUAGAGAUAGUAUCCCCAUUUCUGCAAACGAUCUACUUUUGUUUGCCAUGGAGUCGGGAGGAAGUUAUUAAAAAAAAGAGUCGGGAGGAAGAAGGAACAAGGGAAAGGUGAAGAUGGAGGAGAGAGAGAAUGUAGGUGUAAGAAAAAGUGAUUGUGGGG